AUGGCCGACAACACGACUGCCCCGCCUGCUGAGCAGCUCGAGAAUCUCCAUCUCGACCCGGUCACGGGAGAGAAGAUCUCCAAGUCCGAACUCAAGCGUCGCCAGAAGCAGCGACAGAAGGACGAGGACAAGAAGGCCAAGGCAGCUGCUGCCCCUCCUAAGGCUGCUGCAAAGAAGCCCGUCGCCGCAGGCGAGGAGGAUCUCGACCCUCGACAGUACUACGAACUCCGAUGCAGACAGAUUAACUCCCUUCUCGCCUCGAACGACCCCAACCCCUACCCACACAAGUUUCAGGUCACAUACGACGCGAAUAACUUUGUCUCCGAGUUUGGACACCUCAAGUCCGGCGAGACGGAACCGGCCAAGCAAAUCAGCCUUGCUGGCCGUAUAUACGGUCGUCGAUCGCUCGGCAAGCUCAUCUUUUACGACAUCAGAACCCCUGCAGAUACCCAGUCGAUUGGCGUUAGGUUGCAGAUCAUGUGCCAGGCUGAGAAUGUAAAGGAAGGUGCCGUGCCGUUCGAGAAGCAGCACGAGAUUCUAAGGAGAGGUGACAACAUCGGUAUUGUUGGCUUCCCGGGGCGAACUGCCCCCAAGAAGCUGCUUGCAGAGGGAAAGGAGGGAGAACUAUCUAUCUAUGCAACAGAGAUUAUUCUGCUCAGCCCGUCACUGCACAUGCUACCGUCAGAGCAUUUUGGAUUGAAGGAUCUUGAACAGCGCUUCCGUAACAGACCUCUGGAUCUACUGUUCAACGAUUCCUCUCGAGAGGUUCUAUGGAUGCGGAGCAAGAUCAUCCGAUACAUUCGGGAGUUCUUCAACGACCGCAAGUUUUUGGAAGUUGAGACCCCGAUGAUGUCCGCCAUCGCUGGAGGUGCUACAGCGCUGCCUUUCAUUACCCACCACAAUGAUCUGGACCUUGAUAUGUUCAUGCGAAUUGCACCAGAGCUGUUCUUGAAGAUGUUGAUUGUCGGUCAAUUUGGAAAGGUCUUCGAGAUUGGCAAGAACUUCAGAAAUGAAGGCAUCGAUCUGACGCACAACCCCGAGUUCACCAGUAUUGAGUUCUACGAGGCAUAUGCCGAUGUGUACGAUGUCUUGAAAACGACAGAAGACCUAGUUUCAGGUCUCGUUAAGCAUCUUACUGGCGGCUACGAGACCACUUUCACCAACCAGCAUGGCGAGACGUAUCAUGUCAACUGGCAAGCCCCAUGGCGCCGUGUUGAGAUGAUUCCAGAGCUUGAGCGCGCUUGUGAUGUAAAGUUCCCGCCCUAUGACGAGCUUCACACCGACGAGACAAAUCAAUUCCUCAAGGACGUGCUCAAGAAAAUGAAGGUAGACUGUCCCCCUCCUCUAACAAAUGCGCGCAUGCUUGACCGUCUAGUUGGAGAGUUCAUCGAAGAGACCUGCGUCAACCCAACUUUCAUUCUUGAGCAUCCCCAGAUGAUGUCUCCACUUGCAAAGUACCAUCGUUCUAAGAAGGGUCUUUGCGAGCGAUUCGAGGCCUUCGUUUGCAAGAAGGAGAUCGCCAACGCCUACACUGAGUUGAAUAACCCUUUUGACCAACGCUUGAGAUUCGAAGAGCAAGCGCGUCAGAAGGCACAGGGAGAUGACGAGGCUCAGAUGAUUGACGAGAAUUUCCUCACAGCUCUUGAGUACGGUCUGCCACCAACUGGUGGCUGGGGUCUCGGUAUAGAUCGCCUGGUGAUGUUCAUCACCGACAAUUACGCUAUCAGGGAGGUUCAAUCUUUCCCAUUCAUGCGGGCCGAGGAAAAGGUCGAGAAGAAGGAGAAGUUUGCCGCCGAGGUUGUGGAUGUCAAGCCGCUUCCAGAAGAGGGAAUUGCCCACAAGUAG